AUGUGGUUAUAUCUUUUAUCUAUAUUUUCUCUAUGCAUUCCUUGCCAAGCCUGGUUCUACAACCGAGAUGAUCCAGAUGCGUGGACGAAAGGCGGCGUUUUCCCAUUGCCAACACAAUUGAAUUAUGGAUCGGAGAACAUCACCAUUUCACCCAAACGAAUCCUAAUCCAAGCCGGUGAUCACGAGGAGUGCGACAUUGUAGCGAAAAGUGUCGAAACUUACAUCAAAAAGUGGAUGUUCCCGUUCCCAGUCGAGCCUCGAACCGACUUCAACGAGUUCGGUGUUCAAGUACAGAUCGAAGAGAAAUGUCCGAUUGGAGUCCCGCCAGAUGAUAUGGUUGAAUCGUAUAACUUAUCCGUAACUAAAGACGGCGCUGUGCUGAAAGCGAAACAAGUUUGGGGCUUUUUGCGGGGUCUCGAAACACUCUCGCAGCUCAUUUUCUAUGAUGAGCCAAGCAAUUCGUACCUCGUUCGAACUGCAGACAUCAUCGACAAUCCUCGUUUCCAAGUGAGAGGCUUGCUUCUCGACACGUCAAGGCAUUUCGUUCCGACAAAAAUCUUGCAAAGACAGCUUGAUCUCAUGGCUCAAAACAAGCUCAACGUUCUCCAUUGGCACAUCGUUGAUAGCGAAUCUUUCCCCUAUCAAUCAACCAAGUUUCCGGAAUUGACAAAAGUGGGUGCCUACUCGAAAAGACAUAUCUACACAAAAGAAGAUAUUAAAUCGGUGAUCGAUUACGCGAGGAUUCGAGGGAUUCGAGUGAUGCCCGAGUUUGAUUCUCCAGGUCACAUGGGUGCAUGGCGCGGUGUAAAAGAUCUCCUGACUGAUUGUUUCGAUGAAAAUGGAGUCAGCACAAAUCUCCCGAAUCUCAUCGACCCAUCUGAAGAAAAGAAUUUCGAGUUUUUGAGUCAAUUUUUCAAGGAAGUGGCCGACGAUUUCCCGGACGCUUACAUUCAUCUCGGCGGCGACGAACCGGAGUUCUGGCUUGCGGAAUGCUGGGAUCGAAACCCAAAAAUUCAAGCUUUCAAGGAAAAAAUGGGCUUUUCGACGAACACGGAAUUGGGGGAUUUUUACGUCGAGAGGCUUCAAAACGCUGUCGCCAACGCAACAAAUCACAAGACGCAAAUUUUCUGGCAAGACGUUUUUGACAAUAAUAAACCGGCCAGCUCGUCGAUCAUUCACGUUUGGAAAGGGGAAACACAUCCCGAAGUGAUGGCGAAUAUUAAAAGAGUGACAGAGAGUGGGAGAAGGGUCAUUCUCUCAUCUUGUUGGUAUCUCAAUAGAAUCAAUUACGGAGCCGACUGGAAAGAAAACUUUGAUGAAAAAGGGCCUGAGAAUUCGUAUUCUGGCUACUACAAUUGUGAUCCUCGAGGCUUCGACGGAACACCCGAGCAGAAAGAUCUCGUUUUGGGUGGAGUGAUCGCGUUGUGGGGGGAAAUGGUCGACGCAACGAAUAUGGAGAGUCGUUUGUGGCCUAGAGCUUCAGCGGUGGCUGAACGAUUGUGGUCGCCAGCCGAGUUGACAAAGGAGGCGAAAAAGGCUUGGCCGAGAAUGCACGAGUUGCGGUGUAGACAGCUCUCUCGUGGCUUCCGGGUUCAACCCACCAAUUGGCCGGAUUUUUGUCCCUUCGAAUGGUCUGGGGAUAAU